AUGUCGACCAGGACGUUUCUCAGUCCAACUGACCUCGAGGAACUAAAGCGUCAAGCUCAGGACAAGGCAUCGGAAGAAGAUAGUCCGCUUUCUGAGAAUACUACCUCCCCGAAGGAGAGGCCGUGGUACCGGCAGAUAAUCAAGAAAGACAAGGACACAAACUGGCAGAAAGAGUACAAGAAGCUAUUGACCGACGCAGAGCGGCUGAACGACCAUCUCGUAGAAAUGCAAAAAACGAUGAGAGAGAAAGCAGCAGCAUUGCACCGGGGAGGUCAAAGCGCAUUCAACGACGCGAUUCGCAACUUUGACAAACCAUUGGAUAUGGUGAGGGCUUUACUAAGGGAAUUUGAUGCUGCUCUGGAAGGCGGGUCAAAGUCGGAAAACAAUUAUCGGGUUGAACGUCGCAAAGUAUCGGAGAUGACCGAUCAGCUCGUCGCAAAGGACCGGGAGUGGGAAUAUAAAUGGCGAAUUCAUAUGACUGAGUUAGAAAGAAAACAGGUCAUGGACAGCCAGCAACAUGCCAUGCAAAGCCGAAAGAUUCAGGAACUGACGACCAAUCUCCAUAAUUGCAACCUACUCAAGGAGAAGACCGAGAACGAAAAAGCUGCUCUCCAGUCGCAGGUGAAUGGCCACAGCUCCGACAUCAAACAGCGUGAGAUGGCUCACCGCGAAAGACUGAGUAAAGCAGAGCAGGACCUCCGAGAGGAGAAAAUAACUCAUGCGAGCGAGAUAAAAGAGAUCGAGGAGGACAACGAGGACAAGCUGAAUAGGAAGCAAGAAGAACACGAAACCCAGCUCAGAGUCCUACGAAAAACGCUUUCGGACCAACAGAAGUCGCAGAAGUCUAGGAUCGAUAUUAUGAAGACGGAUUUCGACGAAGAAAUACAGCAGCUGAAACAGGGACAUGGUGAAGAGAUUGAUCAGCUGCGCCAAACUAUCUUAACAAUGGAUCAAGGCCACAAAGCUGAAUUAGAGGCAUGCGAGAAACGCCACAACCAAGAGCUGUUAAGGUUAAAGAGAGAGUUCAAACAGAUCCUGUCUCAGAAACAGGCAGCGCAGGUAGCCACAGAGAAGUCUCUACGAGAAGAAAUUGCUCAGUAUAGUGGAGCGCUACUAACUCGGGACAAGAACGACUUCAACAUGAUGGAUUCGGACGUCUUCGAGCCUUUGACGGAUAGCGACAUUGAGGCCAAAUUUGCGGAUCUCGUCCAAGAUGUUGACACCCUUUCAAGACUGAAUUGGAAGCCGGAACCGAAGGGUUGGACCAAUCAAGACCUUCGCAGCUUGGCAGAAAAUGAGAGAAUACUCAAGAAGCAGAUUCUGCAGGACAGUAUCUGGAGUGUACUUCACAAGUUUGUCUUUUGCAGCCCCUUCAGGGUUUUUGGGGACCAGGGCCAGUUGCUGGAGUCUCAGUGGAAUAAGGAAUGUGGAGCAGGUAUGUCCUUAGCCUUGGCCUUACUCACCAACUACUUUCAGGUGCUAAUGAUAGCAGACAAGCAGCUGGCCAACAGCCACUACGUUUGGCCGACACCUCAAAUGGAAACAGAGCGAUGGCGAUAUAUUACUAUUCGAGAGUGUAAAGCAGCUUUGAGGCAGAAACUGCCUUCGCAAUUUGACCCCCGGGCGAAACUCAAGAAAGAUUUUCAAGCAUCAAUCGAACGUCUGAGAAAAGAGAUUGUAUCGGCGCUUGAAGACCUGGUUGUGCUCGACAAGAGCAACCUUCAGAUUCUGGACAAGAUGGCAAUGAGGGCUGCGAAGACUUGGCUCGACUUUGAAUUGCAGCGGUGUAGAGUUAUGGUUCUAGUUCAGGGAUCAUAUUUGAGCGAUGUGGAAGCGAAGGUGCAAAAGACAAGAGAAGAUGGCCUGGCCCUAGUGAUGGUACCCAAGCUAAUGAGAUUCGGCAACUCAAAGGGUGAAGGUCUUGACACGGGGGAAACCAUUGCGGGCCGUGGGGGUGAAGUGGUCCGGAUAGGGCGAGAGAGGAAGAAAUGAAUUGGGAAUGAGGCCACGCGGCAUAUUUUCGGCACUGUGAAUAAGCAUGCUCCUAUAUAAUACGUGGAGUUCCUCUUUAUUACUCGGAGAAUGUCUCGUCUUAGAAGGUUAUCAUCAGAGUAGCUUCAAAUAUGAGAUCUCAC